ACGUACACUGACGCCAUCCGUAACCGUUCGUUUUAUCUGCGUUCUGCACUUUCUGAAAACAUUUCAAGCACGUAAUGAAUGCACGCGAUCGACAGUUUUCGACGACAUCGGAUGAUACUUUUCUUCUAUCCGCUUGCGGUUUGACAGAGACGAGUCGAGUUCGAAACGCGCUUCAAAAGCGCAUGGGAUAUGAUAACGAACGAGCAUUUUGACUCGAGGGAGGUUCAAGUGCGAAUCCCAUAACCUCUCCGUUCGUUUCAAUGAAUUCAGAUCAACAGGUAGCGAGUACCGGUUCUCGACCGCCCACUGUGUACGAUCAGAAGUAUGUGGAUUUCGUGGAUAAUGUACUGAAGGAGGCGGCCGACGAUUUUGAGAGAGAGAAAAAAUUCUCCGAUCAAAUUCUACUGAAAUUGUACAAGCUAUUUGACGGAGCAUUUGAAAGAGCCUUAGAUCUGUACGAGCAGCGACGAGUGACACAAAUUUCCACGUCUAAUGCAAUUAUAACGGAGUGCAAAAGUGUUAACGAGGCCAGCUGGUUAAUGCAAGUUAGAGGGCAUUCUGGAGCGUUGUACACACUUUUUCCAGAAGUAAAUUAUUGCACUUGCGCUGCCUUCAGACAACAGGUCCUAACCAAUCGGUCCGCUUUCACUUGCAAGCACAUUUUAGCAGCUUGGUUAGCCAGUGUCGACAAUGAGAAGCUGUUGCACCAACAACUAACGCAAAAACAAUUUGACAAUUUAUUGCAUCUACUGUACGAGGUUCCAAUCGAGCAAGAUGCCCUCUAACGCGGAAGGCUACGCGUU